UAAGGUGGUGUAAAAGUUCUAAUUUGGAUACGCUUAUCGUACAAUUAAUAAGAAAAACCAACUUUAUGGCUUAAAUAAUAGAUUGAACACCCUCUCCACAACCAAAACACAGAAAAUAAUUUGUUUUGCACGUGGAUGACAAAGCACAGUCUGCGCAAAUCGCCGCAGCUUGCAAUAAAAUUGACCAUUUUUCACUUAUAAUAGUUCUUUACUGUUGCUAUGUAUGCAUGCGAUAUGAAUUAGUAAAAUAGUAAAUCGCUUAGCCUUGAUUUCGGUAUGAUAUUGCUAAGUGUUUAAAGCGGCAAGAAGCACAAAGUUUACCUAUGAAUAUGGAAGAUAUAGAAUACCUGGAUGAAUACAAGGAUUUGGUGCUACCGGGCAUAAAGACAACCACUCGGCCAUCUGCAUCCAUUUCUGCAGCUUCUCGUAUGACGGUGCGUGGCAAUGCAAGACGUAUUUCAUCAGACUCAAGCGGUUCUUCGUCUAUUGAUGCAGAUAUAUUUCAAAAAUUAUUCCACGGAAAACUUAUCGACGAUGAACUGCUGCAAGAGGUUGGUUCAAAAGGUAGGAGUCGUCUCUCGUCAUCAUCAAGUGAUUCUAACGAUGCAUUGGAUGCGUUGUUCAAUAGGAAAAACACAAAAAAUAAAACCAAGAAGCGGGACCGUUACGAAUCAUUCGAUUCACUCGAUGAUUUGAGUGCCGUUUUGAUGCGACCAAAUUCAAAGAUAUUAUCGGCUCAAAAAUCAACCACUAAGAAUGUUAUUUCGAAAAAAUCUCCUACUGACGGCGGUAACAAGCCCAGUAGUAGCGGCAGCAUUGGUAGUACUAGUGCUAAAAAAGUGGGUAGCAUAAAAGGACGUCCCCCAAUAAAUAGCAAGAUUAUUACGCAUAAAAUAAGUUCAGUCGUACCGAAGCGAAAGGUUUCCAAUGCUUCCAGUCCUGUGGCUAGCUCCAAAAUUCAAAUAUCCCAACCAGUCAAAAAACACAAUAGAAGGAGUCCAUUGAAUGCAAGCGUGCAUAAAAGUGUAACUUUAGUCAAGCCUCAAAAAACAGCAUCAAAAUCUAGCAAAAAUGUAGCCAAAAAGGAUCCCUUAAAUUUAUUGGAAUGUUUUGGUGAAUCAGAUGAUUCAUCAUAUGAGUUUGAGUCUGAUGUCUAUGAUGACAACGAUACGGACGGAGAUGAAAUUGAUCCUGUCAUUGACAUUUCGACAGAUACAAGCUUAACGAACUCUAUGGCGGACGAUGUGACACCUAUUAUUUCGGAGGAUGAGGUCCAGCAUUCAAACGGCGAUAAUGAACGUUUACAGUGGUAUUUGAAUAAUCUUAGUAGCGCGGAGGCUGUGCCACGCACACCAACGUCUAAAAAGGCCAGCACUAAAAAAAUGCGUUCCAGAAAAAAAUCCAUAUCGGAAACAAAACCAAAACCGAAGAAAUGUGGAGAAAUUAGUGCAUUCAACGAAAUCUCAACUCUAGAACAGGUUAAAGAAACAAAAGCGGACAUAGUGGCAACUGCAACAUUGGAAGAAUCAUCUUGUACGCCGAAUUGCAAAGCAAAGUCGCCGGCAAUUGCUAACAGUAGUGCAGACAAAACAAAUGUUAAUAAUAGACUAUAUGCAGCUGAUUAUGUUGAUGAAAAUUUAACAUACGAGAAACUAGAACGUAUGAGCUUGGACUUGGCCGAACAGAUAAUGGACAUUGGUGUGGAACGCGCUAUUGAGUUUAAGAAGCGGUCUAACUCUAAGCCUCGUAGUAUCUCAAAAGAUGGUGCUAGUACAUUCUCUUCGACUCAAAGUCAUAUUCGAAAGCUAACGUAUUCGCCUGACAAGCAAUCUCGUUGUGUUAAUCGCCUAUCCAAGCGGCGACGUGGUAGACUGCCGAAGCAUAGAGGUGCUCAAAACCAGGAAAACUUAACCAGGGGAGAUAAUAAUGAGUCUGCAGAACCCUUUGACAAUGAAAAACUUAGCGUGAAAAGCGACAGUGAAAUUCAAAAGCGAAGAUGCGGCUUACGGCAAAAGAAAAGAGCCGCUACUAUUGAGACGAAUGCAGAUGAAACUGAUAUAGAGAAAAUUCCUUUGGGGCAGAACGAUAAAACACUGUCCAGCGACUCAGAAUUAAAAACGAGCUCAGCUGACAAGUUUAUGUUAAAAUCUGCAGACGAAUCGACUAUUACCGAGUUACUGAAAGUGACAUUUCAAGAAAGCGUAUCACCAUUGUCUGUUGAUUUACAGCAAGAUUCAUUAGAAGAGAGCGGUUCACAGAUAAUAGUAGAAAACUCAAAUAAAGAAUCGGACUACAAGGAUCUCUCCAGUAUUGAAAAUAAUAUUGACAAUUUAGCCAAAGAUACAGAUGAAUUGGUAGCGUUGCAAAAAGAAAAAUCUGAUAAUAAGUAUGACCAAGGUCUUGAGAUCAGUAGUGCACCGGUUAUUUCGACCGCAAUGACUGAAAGUGAAAUUCCAGCGGGCAGCCUGAUGUCCAAUGAAGGAACAAUAACAGAAUCGCCAUUCAUUUACGAUACAAAAAAUGGCGAAGGCGAUCCCAAUUCCAGGACUAUUGAAAUUGAACCGUCAGUAUCAACGACUUUAAUUAAAAAAAUCACAACUGAAGGGACGGAUGCGUCCGGAUUGGAUAAACUGCCCGCAUUGCCUAGUACUGAGGAUAACAAUACCACACUUGAAGAACAUUUGGGUGAUUUAACGACUAUUGAAAUUGAACAACCAGUGUCAUUAACUUCAAUUCAAAAAAUCACAAAUGAAGAGAUGGAUGCGUCCGGAUUGGAUAAACUGUCCGAAUUGCCUAUUACGGAGGAUUUAACGACUCUGCUAAAGUUACAAAACCAGCCGGAAACACUUCAACUGACGGAGGAGCAACUGAGUCCGUUAGUUCAAGAAAACUUAAGUAAAGUUGAACAUGGAUUGGAAAUAGAUAAACAAUCGAAGGAAUUGAAAGUGUUAGAUGACCACAACUUAAGUGAAGUCGCAAUUCUAUUGAGUAAAUGUUCCGAAGAAUUGAAAACAACAGAGGAAUAUCAAGAAGUGCCGAUUAAACCAGCAUUAAAUGAAUUUUCAAGUCUACUAGAAUUGAAUGACCAAUCAGAGAAACAAUUGAGACCAAAAGAAGCACAACUGAACGCGACAGAGGAGGAAAACAUAAAUGUUAUGAAAAGCGAAAUAAAAUUAAAUAUGUCAUCAAAGCAAUUAAAAGAGAGCGAUGCUGAAGUUUCACACAACCCAAGUAAAAUCACAAUAGAAAAAGGAAAUUCUGUAGAUGAUGUAACAGCUGAUCAAAAACUUACUGAAGAAGCGACUGAAUUUUGUUCGGGAAGAAACAUGGACACUCUUCAGCAAGAUCCAAAUAAACCUCUUAAACUCGUUACGGAACAUGAUAAUAAAUUUAAAUUCAAUAAACAUCCAGAAAUCCCGGAAGAAUCUGCUGUGUCGGUAAAUAAAGAAUCAACUAAAACACCGAUUAAAGAUAAGAGCACGUUAAAUAAAGAUGUAUACUCUGAACACGAAAAAUUGACAGAGAACAUUGCGGAACCUAUUGUUGAUAGCCUACAAAUUGUGCAAAAUAACGUCGACAAAGAAAUAAGUAAACAAAUUGUAACAGAAAAAGACCCUGCACCAGAAGUUAAAGAAGACAACGCAAAAGAUAAACUUCGAAACAAACCCAUUUCACAUAAAUGCAACAAAGAAGGAGAUAUUACACAUCUUAAAACUGCGAGCGAAAACUCCCCCGAAGUAAAGCUUGAUAGCUUACAUAUAGCUACGACAUCAAAGGAUAUACAAUUAAAAUCGAAGUCUUCAGAAAUACAGCUGGACACUCCUAGGCGAACUCUUCGUGACAGGUCUGUCACUAGAUUACAAAAAUUUGAUUCCAAUCUACGGAUUGAAAACGCUGUCCCCACACAAGGUCGUGAGAGUCGUAGCUCAAGGCGUUUACAAUGUACCGGAAAUGAAACAACAACGCGCGAAAAGAGUGCACGUAGCAGCAAGUUGGUUGACAAGUCGCCUGUCUCUGGAAGCACAGACCAAGCAAAUCUAAGUAGCAAAACGGUGAUAAAACCGGUGGAUAAAAUGGGUACUAGGAUUACUAAAAUUGAACCUACACAAUCCCUAAACCUUUUGUGUACAGCUGACGCACAACAACAAAAGAGCUGUAGUCGAAAGGAUAUGGAUGUAAUGCAAAAAGGUGAUAUUUUGGAAAAGGAUACCUCAGAGGUCAUGAGAACUCGCAGAUCUAAAGUGGUAGUGAAAGAAAUGGAAUCUGAAGUCAGCAAAACCCCAACGACUACAGAAACUAGUAAUAUCAAUGCUACCAGCGAUGAAAAUGGAAAGGUAAAGCAAGAAGAUCAUUUCAUAAGUACUCGAAGUAGGAAAGAGGUAAUGCAAACGGCAGUAUCAAAACGUGAGAAACGUAAUAAGCUGAAAGAUGAUAAGGAAACCGAGCAAAAAUCCCAAAAGGAUAACCAGACAAAUAUUUCUAAGGCUAAAAGUUUUGCCAAAAACCAAAUUAGUAUUAAAUCUGGAAAAGUGGUUGAUGAAAUUGAAAACCCCACUAUCUUAUCAACUCCAAGUUCCACCUCAUCGACUAACUCUUGUCGUAAGCUAAGAAUUUUAGUUAAAAAAACAUCAAGUGAUAGGCUGCCUAAAUUCUUCGAAAGACUUGAGACUGCAGCAAAAACGCCUACCGUUGAAUCGGGCGUUGAUAUCAAACCUAACACUGUUGACAACACAGCUGACAAAUUAAAUAUUUCAAAGGAGCAGGUAUCAGAUGAGUCUACAACCCUGGGUGUUGGAUUGGAAAAAGUUGAGGAAAAUACGACAAUAUUAAUUCAAAGUGAGAAUAAAAAUGUAAAUGAUAACCACCUCGAAGAAGGAGAAUUGAAGCCGAAUGAAUCUCUCUCUAUUAAUCGGCCCUUGAGGGAAAACUGUACAGAUGUGAAAAAUGAAGACAGACAGGUGGAGAAAUCUGAAUUGGCUACCGUACAUCCAUCACGUGCUUCGGAUUAUCAUCAAAGCAAAAGUAAAACUUCACCUGAACGGUCAAUCGUCAAAAGUUUUAAAAAUCAAACUACAAAAUGGGCACUGCGUAAACGACCACGGGUAAAACUUAGAUCCGAAGAGCACGAAAGUCCGCCUGAGAUGGAUUCAAUUAAAAACGAUACCCCCGAAACAGUCGCUCAAUUUGAUUAUCUUUCACUUGACAAUCCCAAAGAAAUCACAGAAAGUUUAAUAGAUUCCAAAAAUUCGAAUGAGCCUAAUCCGCAAAACAAAACUGAUAGCUUAUCGGUGCAACUGAUGACUCAUGACGGCGCACAGCAUCAAACGGAUUCAUCUGAUAAUACCGAAAAAAAUCAAAUGAAGAUCGAUGACCUGAAAACAACAGAAACAAAAGAUGAAGAUACUGCUCAGACUUCAAUAAAAAUUUGUAAAUCUACAGGAGACGAAGGUACAGAGACAUGCAACGUUGCGAACUCCGAAGGAACAACCGAAAUAACAGGUGUCACAGCUAAUGUCGAACAGUCAAAUCACCAGACACAUGAACGUUCACUACGCAAACGUGAAUCCGAGGCCACACAGCCAGACGAGGCGAAGCGAAAGCAGCUCCAGGCUAGAACAUCCUCGAAGGUACAGCGUGCUAUUAAAAUGUCAAAGCCUAUUGUGCAUGCACAUCAAUCAUCUAAGAUGGAAGAGUUCAAAACUAACGUGACUAAAACCACAACAUUGGCGCGACGUCGCAAGCAACUAGAGGAAGGACAAACAGGCUCAAAGCGGAUAAAAAUUACGGCAAGCUGCAGCACGCUUUUGGAACAUACAAAGUCCGAUAUACGUGAACAACUUGAACAAAAACCUCAAAAAACAAAGGCAGUUGCUGCUAGAGCAGAGCUGAAAGGAACAACAGCAGCAAGACCAACAGCUUCACCAGUUAAGGAACCUGUGGGUCACAUUAUUGAUGAUAAGUCCGCGUCACGCAAGUCAGAUGGCAAUAUCGAUUUACAAACGAUUUCAGAGCCAUCGACUUCAACACUACGAAAGAAACCAUACAUAUUACAAAAAACAGAAUCCAAAGAUGCUGUGCAGAUCGCAACUGCAAUGCCCAAAAAACAGACUGAAAAUAUGUCAAUAAAACCCAAGGACAUAAUUCAGAAUACUGAGACACAAAAGGCGUCAAAGGAUUCUUUAGGUCAAAUGCAGGACAAUUUUGGCACUCCUGUAGAAGCGGCCAUAGAUAAAACUCAUACGACUUCCGAUGUUUCUAAAGAAACUCCGAGUGAAAAGCCAUUACCUUUAACUAUUAAUACCAGAAAGUCUGUGCCCAAAAGUGAAAUUACAAACAAGAAGUCGUCGCCCUCGGCUAUAGCUGGCAGAAAGGCGAUGUCAUCUGCAGACUCUGCUAAAAAACCAGUUCAACCACCGCUCUCUAAAGCUAUGGACAAUGAAAAAACUGCAAACACAUCACUGAACCAAAACUUGCCGAUCAAACAACCUAAAAUAAUUACAACUGAGGUGGAUUCCAAAAAGUCAAGUGAAAUUCCGAAUAAAUCAGAAGCGCCUAAGAAACCUUUGAUACAAACGCAUCUUGGCAAAUUUAUCGACCUACGCAAGUCUAUAGCACACAAGGUCAAUGCAUCUCCACCAAAUAUCAAAAUAAAAACUAAGCCAACUGAGAAGAGCAAGGAUACAUCUGCAAAGGAUAUACCAAAGCCAAUAACACUGGCUUCGAAAAGGGAAACUUCUAAUGAACGUUUGCCCCGUGCUCUGCGCACUGGCGAAGACACGAUGGAAGCAACCGUAGAAAAGGCAACUGCUACAACACAGAAGCAAGGUACAUCAGGUGUUAAUAAUUCGGAUACCAAAUCGACAACACUAACUGUGGCAACGCGUAAUACAGAACCGCUGCCCAAAGAUGGAUCGAAUGAAUCGACUCUCACAAAUAUUGCCACGCCACAGACUGAAAUUGAAGUCAUUACAAAACCAGAUUUUACAACAAAAUCGUCGGCGUUGGUCGAAAAGCAGCAGCGUAGAUCGCGAAAAGCAGAUUUGCUGCAGAAGGUGGACAGCAUCUUAACAGAAUCAACUAGUAAAACGACACUGCCUAUAAGUCAAGCGCUAAAUCAUCCCCCAUCAAGAAAGCGUAAAGCGGCAGUUGCAGCAACUGAAACAGUAGCAACGAUGCCAGCAACUGAAACAGCUAAAAAUGCAAAACGUGUUAAGGGACGGCCUGAGCAACCUUCCCCACCUAUUGCUUUUCCCGUGCGUAUUAUGGCAGCGAGCUUGCAACAAAAAAGUCAAGGUGAAUUGGCCCUUACAGAGGAAAAGAAAACUAAUAAAACAGAACAGCAGCAAACAAAACCGGAAUCUGUUGUUGUUGAGCAGAAGCAACUAUUGGCGGCUGAUAAACUUACCAAGGAACUCUAUUUGCCACCACAACCAUUGGUAUCAAAGGUACGAAAGUUGCGCGUUCGCUUGAAUCGCAAAAUAGUUAAAAAUUGGCAGAAAACGAAGACAUUGGGACGUCAGAUUUGUCGCUCAGAACCAGAGGUGACCACCGACAACUCACUCAAGCUGAACAUUGAAGAGAUGGUCGAGCAUUUGCCUAGCGAAGAGGUGCUGCAACAGAAUGCUUCUGGAUUAGCUGCAAUGCGGCAAAAGCGUUAUGAAAAUACAACAACUUCGUCAGUCGUUCGAAGAGAACAAGUUAACGAUUCCACCCUAUUGUGUGCGCCUGACCUGUUACCUGUUGGAGAGUUACGUCCGUCAGCGCCUCUUGUAGCCAUGGCACUUGCACCUGUACCUAAGCCCGUGAUCGUACCAGAGGUAAAGCAUGAAAAGGACACUAGUCCAUUAACAACAGCUGCCAUGCCCUCAGUGAACACAGCGCCAGAUGUUGAACAACAGUCUACAACCAGUCUGGGCCGGCCAAGUAGCUGCAAUAAUAGCACCACUUCCACCACUACUGCCCCCGUCACAGAAGUGCAGACUUUCGGCGCUACAAAAGUCUUCUCAUUUCUUUACCCUUCGCGAUACCAACGCUCUUAUGGCCAAGUGGGCUUAGACUUUUGCUGCCCCAAUCUAGAUGGACCCAUGCGUGCCAUAGAUCCAACCCGCCUUCAUUGCAAAGCCGAGGUUCCCGUGCUAGAAUUGCCGCAAUUCCUGGUAGUAUCGACCAAGAUUAUCUCUAAGCAGGAUCAGAACAUACCGCACAAAGUCCGUGCUAAGUUAGAACAUUUGGCUGCUAAGGAGGGGCUCCCCUGUGUAGUGCAGAUGCUGGGUAUGCAGUCCGAUGCAGUCGCCGCUACAGCAUCCGCACCAUCAACCCCAGCACAAACAUCAAAACCGGCGCCACCUACCGCUGUACCAGUCAAACCAACGUGUCAAACAAAAGUAUCGGCUCCAUCAACGUUAGCAACUGGAUCAACUGUAACUAAUCCAAUGGUAUCGACGACACCACCUAUUGCAUUAACUCCCGUAGCAGGCAAUAUUGAUGUGCGGCCGAAACAGGUACAGCGAGGUAUUGUCUCAUCACUGCCCAAUCGAAAUGCAAUGUUGCUGCAAUUACCGCCCAUUUGUCCCACUGACAAAGUUCGUGUUGAGCUCCAAUCUCGUGUUCAACUGUUUGACUUGGUUCUGCAAAAGCUGUCCAAUCGUGUUGUAACAUUGACGAUAGCAGAACGCCAAAGCGCAAUCGAGGAGAUUGUAAAAAACAGCAUACUGAUGCCCAUUGACGUCGAUGUGGGUACAAAACUGCUUGAAAAUUACGCUAAAUAUCUUAACAUUUCUACAAAGAAACAUGUGUCCCCAUUGCGGAUAUCGGGUAGAGUAGUGCCGUCAGCCAACAAUGCCGCCGGAAUGACUGGUUUACCCGUCCAGAACAGAAGUGCCACCCCACCGACAGCAGCGACAUCCAACGUGCCUGCAAUGCAAAGUCAACUAUCCACACAGUCUAUCAGUAGGCCAAUCUAUGGUCCAGAUCGCAGAAUAAUAGGUUAUCAGUAUAAAAAAAUUGUUAGUACGACUAUGAAAAAGGGACAGCCAACAGCUACGACUCCAUCACCUGCUAGCAGACCACAAAGUGCGUACACACUAAUCAAAAACCAGCGGACCCCAAUACCCAUUUCUGCAAACACUACAUUGACUUCACCAACAGUGACUGCUGGUCCCGUUGACCGGAUCUCGGCACCUACGACGAUAGUGCAAAGAACGCGGGCGCCUCUGACUCCGGCUCCUGCAUCCCUGACAAGCUUUCUCCAGUCGAAUGGAGUAAAAAACAGCUUGGUUUCCACACCGGUAACAAGAUCUGUGGAUACAUGCCCUCAAAUAUCCAACGUCGGCACAGCAAUCCCAAAGUUUCCAACGAAAAUGAGUGCCCUUCUAAGUGAAUCAAAUGUGACACCAGUUACAGCGCCUUUAUCACCUGCAACCCCUUCUGGAUCCAUUUCAAAUCCUAUUACUGCGGCGACAUCAACGCCUCAUGGCGGCAGUGAGCUGUAUGUUGUCCACCAAUCGCCAUCUCCCGAGGAGUGCAUACUGCCCGAUGGUGUUGCCAACAACAAUGCUGCGGCAAUGGUACCGCUGGACUCGGAAAUUAAAUCCGAACUGGAAGAUGUGCCAGAAAGUAUAAUCUGAAGGGAAUUGCUUGACACACACAUACAUACAUACAUAUAUAGUUAGCUGUAGAUAGAACUCCGUGAGGUAACGAAAACACGGUCAUUUAAUUAUACUGUUAAAUUGUUAAGACCACCUAAAAAUUUAAUAUACCCAAUGUCAUGCACAUAAACAUUUUUGUUAUAAUUUUUUUUUAAUCAAAUAUUGCAUACAUACAUACACAAAUACAUAUUAAUUGUGAAAUUCGUCACUUUAGUGCUAAAAGUACUCGAUACCUUGAAGCUUUGUUAGUAACAUUUGUAUGUAUGUAUGUGAAAUUAUACAUACAUAUGUACAUAGCUGUAAUCAAAAACGCAGCUUUUUUAA